AGUUUUCAGGUCGGUUCCGGGUACUGUUGGGCCAUUUUCUUACGUUGAAACUUCACGAAAAGGAAACGCGAAAGUGAAAAUGACCGAUCAGAAAUUAUAAUGUGAUCGUGAAAUUCUCGCGACGUUUUCGUUAACAAAAGUGUGAAACUUCACAAAGUGAAAAUGUGAUUUCUAUGGAUGUUCAUGCGAUCGCGUACGAUAGCAGAGAAUAUGAAAUACCGGAUAAUGACGCCUCGUGAUUUACUCUGUUUGUUGGCCACCUACUUAGGAAUUUUCUCGAUCGCGCUAUGCCAAAGUACUUGUCCAACAAGGUGCCUCUGCUACCUCAGCCAACUACCAAGGACUAUCACGUGUUCGAAGCAAGGGUUGGAAGUGUUUCCUGAAAAUAUAAGCGACGUGGUACAGGAAUUAAAUUUAUCUAACAACCUGUUAACGAAUAUCACUGAUGACAUUAAUCGAUUGAUAGAUUUACGAAUCUUGAAACUAGCAAGAAAUAAAUUAACUUCGUUACCUGAGGAUUUAAGUUCUUUAAACAGCUUGCGAACAUUGGAUUUGACUGCCAACAAUAUAAAACACAUCGUUGAUAUUAGGUCUAUAGUACAGCUACCAUCAUUGAUGGUUCUAUAUUUAUCCAAAAAUCCACUAUCUAAAUUGGAAGGGUUAAUGAGUGCCAGCAUUAGAGCUUUGGAUGCUAGUCAUUGUGAAAUACGGGAACUCACUAAUACAUCUUUGGAUGGCCUACCAGAAUUGACUAUGCUUACCUUAAUGGGAAACCCAUUGAAAGACAUUAACAAAACCUGGAGUCCAAAAUUAGAGUGGCUCGACAUGUCUGACUGCCUUUUAAAUUAUUUAAGGCCUGAUACUUUCAAUGGAUUUCCAGCGCUUGAAGAGCUUCGACUGUCCAACAAUCCUACUUUAGUCUACAGUACGAGAAACUCAACAUUGACACACUCAAAACUGAAAACGCUUGACGUGUCAAAAUGUAAUUUGGAUAGACCUGGUCUCCACGGACUACCCUCGCUGACUCAGGCUCGAUUAUCCCGCAAUAUGAUCCAUAUGUUGCCAGAUCGAAUUUUCGCCAAAAAUAGAGAGCUCGGUUUCCUAUAUUUAAAUGCGAAUGGAAUCGAAAAAUUGAAUACGAGUACGUUCGAGGGUUUAGUGAAACUUCAAGUGCUGGAUUUGUCAGCCAAUUACUUGGAAGUAAUUCAUCCGUUGACGUUUCACGAAAAUGUGGAGCUCAAAGUGCUCAACUUAUCGUACAACGUUUUGUAUGAGCUUCCAAGUCUCACGUCAACCGUAACAACGUUGGACGCAUCGUCAAAUUUGAUCAGCGACCUGGAUGAAAAUUUCUUAGCAAACAUGCCGAAAAUAAGAAGCGUCAUUUUGAAUAAUAAUCAACUACAAAGGUUUCCAUCCAAAUUGAAGUCCACAUCGUUGAAGAAUUUAGAUUUAAGACGAAAUAGAUUAGUCGAAGUGUGUAACGACACGUUUCUCCAAUUACCACAACUUCUGAGGAUUGAUUUGUCAGGAAAUCGAUUAACAGAAGCUAUAAAUCCAGAAAUCUUUCGAAAUAAUCCAAACUUGAAUACCAUAAAAUUAGAGGACAAUCCAUGGCGUUGCGACUGUAUUGACUUAUACCUGAUGUAUAGUUUUCUAACAGAACAACCAGCAAAAACCGUAGACCAAAAUUUGCUUUGCCAAAGUCCAUCAAACGUAUCCGGUUAUACUUGGCAUACUGCUUGUUUCAACAUAUGGAAUAAAUCUUUGUACUACAAUAAAGAUAGAACAUGGGGGUUUGUGAUGAUCAUAGUCCUUACGAUUGUCGUUUUAUCCGGAAGUUUCAUAUCUAUCAGACACAUGAUGAGGAUUAAAAGAAGAGCUAUCGAACAAAGGCAACAAUUGGAAACUUUAAGACUAUUAAGGCAAAGAAGGAACCAAGUUGCACAACAACUGGAAGAAGAAGAGCACAUUGAACAUGCACCAGAACCAAGAAUCCAUCCCCUCGAGUUAAUUGGGCCACCCAGUUACGAAGAAGCAAUACAGAUGCCAAGACUUGCUCGAUCUUUGGACAAUUUGGAUGAAAUUUCGGAGACGACUUCUGUGCGUGUAAUGGGUUCCGCUGAUAACAUAAGAUACAAAUAUAGAAGAACGAGGAGAACAAAAAAGAGAAUACAGAGCGAGGACGAUUUACUCAGAAGGGAAGAGCGACGACACGAAAGACUCAGGCGAGAACGAAAUAGCUCCGCCGGUAACAGUGAAAUCGUUUUACCACAAAGUCAAAGAAACUCUAGAGCUAACACGGCACGUAGAGCCAGAAGGAACAGCGCGAUAAGUGAUUCCAUAGAAACAGGAAGUGAAAGAGUCCGAGCCAAACCGCAAACACCAAGUUCAAGAAAAAGGAGACAGAGAUACACGGUUUACGACGGGCACUCGACCGAUGAUGAAGACUCGGACGUUGCACCAGUUGGUUCAAGUAGAUCGAUUAUCAUCAGGGAACUUCGAAGAGAACCGAAAAGCGGUUACAGGGAACCUGUGGUAGAACAGGAUUCCUAAAUAUUCAUAUGUUAUCGAUUAAGAUUCCACUAAGACAUUUUUUCAAAUGAAAUAUUGUUAUAUUUAUAUUUUUAAUAAUUUUAUUUUAGAGAAUGAUUAUAAUUAUUACUAUAAUCAUUAUUCUACCAUUGAAAGAUAUUAAUUAAAAACUGAUUGCUAUCAAUAAGAAAAUCAUGUUGUGAUAAUAUACUUUCAUUGUUCUUUCGAACGAAUUCUUUUUUCGCUGCCAUUGAACUAAUUAAAUAAAUAAGUAAAAUAAUUUAUGCAAUAAAUGAUAUAUCGCUAUAUAUGUGAAUCAUUAUGUUUGAAGAUGACAAGUCUUCAUUUGUUGGUCUCAUGCAUCCUAAUCGUUAUUUACUUAUUUUUUA